AUGAUGGAUGAGAAGGAAUCAAUGAGAUCGAUCAUUCGGUCACUGGCACUUGCAAUGAGCAAUUCAGAAGCUUCAGAGAUGAUUUCAAGGCACAGAGGCAGUGCCCGGAGGAUUGCACGAAUCCCGUCGGUUAUCCACACAAAAAAACAGUAUGCAUGCUUCAAAGUGAUGACAAUCGUUGACUGCGAUAUUCUAAUGCUGGUUGAUGAUAGCAAGUGCAAAAUCGAGGAAACUGGAUGCAUUUACACAUGGAUAGAUAUCGAGCUGAACUACAAUUACUUCACAUACGCAGAGGUGCUUGAAAAGAUGCUUCCUACUGGUGUCCAGGUGCCAUCGUCAUUUGAAAUAGUGGGCAGCAUUGCGCACCUGAACCUAGAUGGGCAGCAGAUGGACUAUAGGCAUGCAAUUGGAAGAGUAAUUCACGAAAAGACAGGAAUGACAGUGAUAACCAAAGUUGGGUGCAUAUCAAAUGAGUUUAGGUCUUUUGAUCUUGAGGUCAUAGGGGGAGAGCCUAACCUGCAAACUGUCCACAAGGAAGGAGGGCUUCUGUUCUGCAUCGACUACAAGAAUGUUUAUUGGUGCUCCAAGCUACAAAAUGAAAGGCUUGAGCUGCUGAGAAUGUUUAUGCCUGGAGAGACUGUUUGCGAUCUCUUUUGUGGGGUCGGGCCUGUUUCUUUGAGGGCACUCAAGAACGGAUGCAAGGUGUAUGCAAAUGACCUGAAUCCACAUGCAAUUGAAUGCAUCAAGGCAUCGAUUGAAGCCAAUAAGCUCAAAAGCAGCAAUAUUGAGGUGUUUAACCUUACUGCCGAUGAGUUUCUGAGCGUGAUGGUAGGAAGGAGGAUCGAUCACUUCUUCUUGAAUCUUCCUGAGCAUAGCCUGGAAUACCUUGAAAGAAUCAGUGCAUGGAAUGCAGAUGCCCUUGUGCAUUGCUAUUUCUUCAGCAGGAAUGACGAGGAUGUUGAGCAGUACAUCUUCAGAAAGAUCGGCCUAAAGGUAUCAAAAGACUUGCUGAGGAUUGUAAGAAAGGUGUCUCCAUCAAAAAGCAUGUACAAGCUUGAAGCUUCAUGUGAGCUGCUACGAGCGGGAUUUGUAGGUGGAUAUUAA